AUGAACACCUCCACAACAACAAGAACACGUUCCUUGUAUGCACUUCCCACUCGAUCUCAACUCAUUGCUCAAUUAAAACAAUUUCAACAACAACCUCACCACAAAAAGUCCAACCUCAACAAUAUUAACCUCAACAAUAUUAACCUUAACAGUAUAAACCUUAACAACUCCAAUCCAUCUCAAGUGAACCUUAACAACUCCAAUCCAUCUCAAGUGAACCCCAACAAUAGCAACAUGUCAAACCCCAAUCAACACCCACUUUUCGAUGUCAUUGUCAUUGGUGGUGGUUGUGUUGGAAGUGGUAUUGCACUUGAAGCUUCUCAUUCUCUCAAAGUAGCACUCUUUGAAAUGGAAGAUUUUGGAAGUGGAACAAGUUCCAAAUCCACUAAAUUAUUACAUGGUGGUGUGCGUUAUCUUCGUAAAGCAUUGAAUCAAUUUGAUCUUUCUCAAUUCAAAUUAGUGAAACAAGCUCUUCAUGAUCGAUUUCAAAUAUUGAAUCACAUGGCACCACAUUUAACCAAUACUCUUCAAAUCAUUACACCUCUCUAUGAAUGGAGUGAAUUCAUUCCAACUUAUUUCUUAUUGAAAUUAUACGAUUGGAUGGCUUUUCCUCAUCAUUUGGCGCCAAGUUACUUGUUGAGUGCAUCCCAAGCAUUGGAAUUCUUUCCCAUGUUAAAACAUGAACAAUUGAAAGGUGCCAUGGUGUAUCAUGAUGGUCAAUUUGAUGAUGCACGUUUGAAUUUGGCAUUGAUUCAAACUGCUAUACAACAUGGAGUGGUGGCAUUGAAUCGAUUCAAAGUCAUUCGAUUUUUAUUCAAUGAUGAACAUGGUGAGAAUGAUGAACAUGUUCGACAACAAGAUGACUCUCAGCAACAAGAACAUGUUCGACAACAAGAUGACUCUCAGCAACAAGAACAUGAUGAUGAGCAUGAUGACUCUCAACACAAUGGUCCAUCAUCUCUCAUUAAAGGUGUAGUCGUGAGAGAUGAAUUAACACGAGAGGUUUAUUCCAUUCGAUCCAAAGUAGUGAUCAAUGCUGCUGGUCACUUUGCAGAUGAAAUUCGACUCAUGGAGAAUGAUCAGAAUCAUCAUCACCAUCAGAAUCAUCACCCUCUGAACACUCUGAACACUCUGAACAACAAGAUAUUAGAAUUAUCCAUGGGUAUUCAUAUUGUAUUGGAUGGUCAAUUUUGUCCUCCAUCCAUGCAUCAAGGUCUACUCAUUCCAAAAACAAGAGAUCAUCGAGUGAUCUUUUUAUUACCCUAUUUAAAUCAUACUCUUGUAGGAACUACUGAUUCCAAACUAGUAGUAGAUUCAUUCAAUAAGAAUGGAAUAUCCAAUCAUGUACAACCUCGAGAAGAAGACAUUCAAUACUUGUUGGAUCAUGUGAAUGAAUAUUUUAAUGUGAAAGUGACACGACAAGAUGUCAAGGCAGUGUGGGCUGGAAUAAGACCAUUGAGUCAUUUACACAACAACAACCACAACCACAACAACAACAACAACCACAACCAACAACAACAACAACAACAAUUUGUAAAAAAGAAUAUCAAAUUGGAUACUGCAUCGAUAUCGAGAGAACAUGCCAUUUAUACUUCUCCAAGUGGUUUGUUCACCAUUGUUGGAGGCAAAUGGACCACUUUCCGAUCCAUGGCCAUGGAUAUCAUGCAACAAGUCAUUCAACAUGAAUCCAUCAGGAAUUGUACUUUUAAUACUUGUACUCAUCCACACACUACUACUACUACUUGUACUACUACUACUACUACUUGUACGACUCAUACUCUUCAAUUGUAUGGCUCUGAAGAAUACAAUUCCACCUUUGAUCGUGUGUUGAAUGAAUUCAUUAAAGAAUUGGAUAUUUCUCAACAUUUGAAUCAUGCCUAUGGUGAUCAAGGAUAUUUGGUACAAAAGAUUGCUCUCGAAGAACAGUUAUUGAAAAGACUUGAUCCUCAUUAUCCCUAUAUUGAAGCUGAAGUGGUGUAUAGCGUUCGAUAUGAAUAUGCCUUAAAAAUCAGUGACAUUAUUCAACGAAGAACAAGAUUAUUCUUUAUUGAUACUAAAGUUUCAAAGCAAGUCAUUCCUAGAGUAUCUCAAUUAAUGGCAAAAGAACUUGGAUGGAGUGAAGAAGAACGUUUAAAACAAGUGGAAGAAUGUUUGAAAGAAUUAUUUCUUUCACAACAACAACAAGAUAGUUAG